GGUGUGGACGCUCGGUCGUGUUAUCCCUUUAUUGUUAUGUGUUUACUGUAACUCGCAGGCCCAUGCCACACCGUGUGGAUAAACUGAAGAGGGUUCCGGUCCAGGUCUGGGUGUGAACCCUGUCUGCGUGUGGUCCUCUGUCGAGAUGUCGUUGGCCGAACAUGACGGAACCUUCAGUCAGCUCAAUAAGUUUGAGAAACUGUCAUGGAGGCCCCUCAACCGCGACUCAGGCUCCAAGAAGCGGACACGGUGGCUUCUGGCUCGGCGCAUUUUCGCCCCUUCCUGCCCCAACCUGCGGAUCCCCAACAGGUUUCUGAGAGAAGGACAUUGUGUCCCCCCCGCCCGGAGUGGACACCGCUGUGUUGCAGACAGCACCAACCUGUAUGUGUUUGGAGGCUUCAACCCAGACUUUGAGGAGGCAGGCGGGUCAGAGAAUGAAGACUACCCUCUUUUCAGGGAGCUCUGGCGGUUUCAUUUUGCCACAGCCACCUGGCAGCAGAUCCACACCGAGGGUUAUAUGCCCACAGAGCUGGCCUCCAUGUCAGCUGUUUUACAUGGCAACAACCUGCUCGUAUUUGGUGGCACUGGGAUUCCAUUUGGUGAAAACAACGGCAACGACGUCCAUGUUUGCAAUGUUCAGUACAAAGGAUGGAACCUGCUCAACUGCAGGGGGAAGAAACCCAACAAGAUCUACGGACAGGCCAUGGUCAUUAUUAAUGGCUACCUCUACGUGUUUGGUGGGACUACAGGCUACCUCUACAGUACCGACCUGCACAGGCUGGACCUGACCACCAGAGAGUGGACCCACCUCAAACCCAACAAUGCACCUUCAGAUUUACCGGAGGAGAGGUACAGACAUGAACUAGCUCAUGAUGGACAGAGAAUAUACAUUUUAGGAGGUGGGACCUCCUGGACUUCAUAUCCACUGGAGAAGAUUCACACCUACAACUUGGAGACAAAUUACUGGGAGGAAACGGUCACCAAACCCCACGAAGAAAUCGGAUAUCCUGCUGCUCGCCGGUGUCACAGCUGCGUGCAGGUCAAAGAUGAGGUGUUUAUAUGUGGGGGUUAUAACGGAGAGCUGAUCCUAUCCGACCUGUGGAAAAUCAACCUGCAGACAUUUCAGUGGACCAAGCUUCCUGCCGCUAUGCCAGAGCCAGCCUAUUUCCACUGUGCUGCGGUCACUCCGGCCGGAUGCAUGUACGUACACGGCGGUGUCGUCAACACGUCUGGGAACAGAAGGACCGGCUCGCUGUACAAAGUGUGGUUGGUGGUGCCCAGCCUGCUGGAGCUGACCUGGGAGAAACUGCUGAAAACGUUCCCUCACUUGGAUCAGCUGUCCACGCUUCAGCUGCUCAGCAUGGGACUGACGCACGCACUAAUUCAGAGGCUGAAAUAGACGAAGCACAGAGACUGGAGGAAGGGGAAUGCGAUGAAACGGCACCGACUAGGAUGAUUCUGCAAAACUCUGAAUGCCUUUUAACUUUAUUUUUAUGUGACCUUGUAAAAAGUGUAAUGUUUUUUUCACGAGUUUCUUUGUAUGUGGUCGGUCAUUUGAGUUUGCAUGAAUCCUUCAGAAGUUAUCCAUCAGUGUGGACACCAGAAUCGCUCUUAUGCUUUGCACUCAACACUUGUGCAUUCCCCAAUUUAUUUACUUAUUUAACCACACAUAGCUGUUGUAUGAGCAGGAAUUGUCUCCCAGGCAAAAUAAAUAUAGCUUCUGCUCGUGUAGUUUUAGAUUAAAUGUAGAGGCUGAACUGAGCUUGUUUCACUGUUGUAGAAGUGGUUACGCGUUGCACAGCAUUGCCAUCGUCGGUCAGACAUGGGUUGAAUCAAACAUUGCUGAUACAAACCUACAUUUCCAUUUAGAAGUCAGCCAUCUUAUCUAAAAAGAGGCAAACUGCUGAUGAAGCAUAAACACGUUAUAACUGUGAAACGUACAAAUAUUAAUUAUUCAACGCCUCGUGUUUUUCCCUCAAGGGCUUUCUGGUUGAAUGCUGUGAUCUAAAAUGCACAGUACACAUUUUAAAUUGGUCGUCACAUUAGGCCUUGUGAGCAUAUACAACCCCUUAUUAAACAUCUGGGGCAUGGCAUCACUGAAUCUUCUAGUGCCUCUUUAGUUAUUAUUCCUCUUUAAGAAAACAUUAGAAAUGAGAGCUCCCCAAUGAUUCUCAACCUUUUUAUUUCUACAUCCGGUGCCUUCUGAAUUUUCCUAAAUGUAAAUUAACUUGAAUACACAUUUGUUCUCUAUCUAUUUGAAUCACUGUGCUGGUGUUUUAGUUCAUUACAAAACUUAACUGUUGCAAAAUGUGAGCUGCUUUUCUUUUUCACAUGAUUUCACUGUCAUUUCAGUUAAUGUGUAGUCCAUUAACCUUUUAUAUGUUUAAUUGGGCUGUAUUGUAAUUUUUUUAACUUUUGGUCUUGUUUUUCUGAAAGUCUGCUGUGGUACGACUAAAAAUAAGUGUCAUGGGACUUUUACAAUAACAAGGGAGUCUUGAGUACUCAGAAUGUGAAAUACUGUGAUUACUCAGUCUGAAGAGCUCCACAUACAUUCACCAGUCUUGUAAAAGCAGAACAUACAGAGAUGACUAAUCAGUCUUUUUGCAGUGACUGCAGACUGUACAUCUUAAAUACUGGAGUGACCCACCAGCUGCUUGUAUCCAGUCACACUGUUGAUUUGUCUUACAUUUUUAUCGCAUUUUAUCUUUAACUGUCGGUUCAACACUAAGCCAACUUUUUUCAAAAAGUAUCGUAUCAUAAUGUACAUUUCAUAUUUAAAACUCCACCUUUGUUACUUUCUCUUAUGUUUGACAUUAUGGCUUUAUUUAUCUUAUGAAGCAACAGCUUCACUAUGUGCUCAGGUGAUGAAUGUACCACCUUGCUUGAGAUAUUGAUAUUUGCAUCAUUUGUUUUAAUGAAAGUUAAAUGAUCUCGUGCAUGACGCUAUGGUGUGCCUGUAACGUUACACAAACUCUCGGGAGAAAAGCUUAAUGUCUCAAAAGCAAUUAUGGCUGUAAUGUACAUUAUAUUUUUAAAUUCCUGUCGGUACAAACAAUAAAAACAGGCAGUCAGUUUUUCAAA